AUGCCGAACCCUCCAAGGAAGCAGUUCGACGGCAAGAGGCGCAAGAAGGCCAAGGUCCAGCGCAACAAGAGCAAUGGCUUUGACGAAGUCCUCCAGGCCGACAUCGAUCGCCUUCUCAAGCAAAGCCGGCCCGUAGAAGACGAAUCCAACGACGACACCACAUCAGAGCCCGUCCUCCCCGAGACAUUCACCGAGAUCGAUGUCAAGAUAUCCGAGCUAUCCUCGACGGGCGACGGGCUCGCCCUAUCUGAGAAUGCAGACCAUGUUUUUGUGGUACCAUUCACCGUCCCGGGGGAUACGGCUCGAGUCAAAGUGGUCAGGCAUUUCCCGGCGCUGUCCUACAGCAUCACAGACUUUAUCCGGGUGAUUGAUGCUGGACCUCAGCGGAAUGAUAGCCUUAUUGGCUGUGGCUAUUUUGGAAAGUGUUCCGGCUGCCAGCUCCAGAUGAUGUCGUACGAGGAUCAGCUCGCUCACAAGCGGCGCAUUGUGGAAAAGGCCUACGCCAAUUUCUCAGGCUUGAUCCCCGAGUUGGUUCCUGCUAUUGGAGAGACGUUCCCGUCGCCCAUCAAAUAUGGAUACCGUACCAAGCUCACGCCGCAUUUUGAAAAAGGUAGCCCCAAGGGCAAGAAGCAGGACGACGAAACCGCUGAGGUCCAGGUGCCUCCCAUUGGAUUCACAUACAAGAACCGACGCGCGGAUAUGGACAUUGAGGACUGCCCACUGGGCACAGAUAUUGUUCGACGCGGGCUCAAGAGUGAACGGAAGCGAGUCGCCGAGACCAUCCGCUCUUUCAAGAAGGGCGCGACUCUCCUGAUGCGGGAGUCGACUACACGAGUCCCCAAGGAAGACGCUUCUAAAGGGGCAGACGCCGAGACACAACCCACAAAUGAAGCUUCAGGCCCAGAUACAGGCGAUGUCAUCCGCAUCGAGCACGACACCUACGUUGAGGAAAAGCGCUGCAUUACAGACAACAAUGCCACCUCGGUAGAGUAUGUCGACGACUACAUCUUCACCAACAAAGCCGGUGCCUUCUUUCAAAACAACAACUCAAUUCUCUCGGGCUUCACCGAGUACAUCCGCUCGCAAGCCCUCCCGCCAGGCAACGAAGACGAUCCCCGCCCAAUUAAAUACCUCCUGGACGCCUACUCCGGCUCGGGUCUCUUCACGAUCACACUCUCCCCACUCUUCAAGUCCAGCCUAGGCGUCGAUGUCGCAGGCGACUCCAUCGCCUCCGCGCGCGAAAACGCCCGUGCCAACGCCCUCCCCAACACCGGCUUCGCCGCCGCCGACGCCGCCGUCCUCUUCAAGGAUGUGCCCUACCCGGCUCUUCAGACUCUGCUGGUCAUCGACCCGCCGCGCAAGGGCUGCUCCGAUGACUUCCUCCGCCAGCUUCUUGCGUUUGGGCCGCGUCGCGUUGUCUACGUUAGCUGCAAUGUCCACACGCAGGCUCGGGACGUCGCGGUCAUGGUCCAGGGUGACCAGAAGACCGGGGUGCGCUAUGAGAUUGAGAGUAUUCGUGGCUUUGACUUCUUCCCGCAGACAGGACAUGUCGAGGGCGUGGCGAUUUUGAAUCUCGCUGCUGCUGCUGCUGGUGCUGCUGCGGAGUCGAGUUGA